AUGGCGGUUCUCGAAUCUGCAGCCUUGCGACCACACGUGCCCCUUCGCGAUAUGAUCUCCGCUCCGCCCCAGCCUCCGUCGGCCCUCACCGCUCACACUUCAGGCAUGGCUUCCACCGCUCCGAGACCGGCCAUUGAGAGCCCGAGAAUCUCCGCCAAUCCUGGUCGUGUGCUUUCCAAAGGCUCACCACUGCUACUGUGCAACACGACUCGGACCAUCGGUUACAGAUUCAAGCCUUCCGCGGCAGAUUUGGGCAACGCCAAACCUUCCAAGACAUCGCAAUCUGGCAAAAUCGAUACCUAUCUGCCCGCUGGACCCAGAGUUGCAGAUGUUGUUACGAGAGAGUUUUCCCGAGAUCUGCAUGUGAUUGACAGCGGAGGCCUUGAGGUUUUGGCGCGACGGCAAAUGGAUGACAUCUCAGCCCCAGCAUUGGGUCGACGCCGGGCCGAUUUAGUCCGGGGUACGUACCUGGGUUGGUGUUAG